AUGGACGCGAGAUCAAUCGCCUCAUCGAUGAACUCGUCAAGACCAUUCUCUCCAUUUGAGCCCAAGGCUAGCACUUUGGAUUCGCCGUUGCAUCGAUCUGCGACAACCAGCCGAAUGCUAACCCCAACACCGCCACGAGCUUUUGGAGGCACUAUUUAUAUGAUGAAAGACGAGCACGAAAGAGAAAGACAACGAUGGCAAACGAGGAUGGAAGAGAUCGAGGAGAGGCUGGCACUGUCGGAGACGCUCAACUCUGACAUGAACAAUAUCAAAGCGGAUUUGAACAAGAAAAUCGUCGAAUUGGAAAAAACACAAAAACCGAUCGGCGAUCAGAAUCGAAAGUUGGCGGAACGGAACAAAAACCUCUCGCAUGAACAAAAAAGAAUCGAAAAAGAGAUGGCUGAGAUGAAAGACGCGUUGAUCACCAUUCGUGACUCGCAUGAUCGGUUGACCAAAGAGAACGCUCAUUUACGAGAGAAACGCGUGUUCCCACAAGAGAAAAUGGACGAGCUGGAGCGAUUGAGGACACAGAUCUUGGAGCACUCGAAAUGCAUCACCGCGUUGCGACAGAGUGGAUUGGAAAAAGACCGCCGCUACGAUGUGAUGGUCCAAAAAUUCAAACGACUCAAGAAAUGCAUCCGAAAAACGUCCGAAGAACCCGGUGACGACAAUCGGAGCACUGUGGAGUCUACAUGUUCUGAGGGAAAGCUCACUGUCGUUGGACCCGAUUUUGGAGGACUU